CCUUUCUUUUCAUUAAUUUCCUUUUCCUUCUGGAACCCACGAAUUGUUCCCCACUCUUAUCUUAAUCUCCUCAGCCGGAACGCCAGAACCUUCUAGAAACAACAAAUACCCAUCACCCUCUCUCUCUCUCUCCCCUUCUCUCUCUCUCUCUGCGCGUUCCGGUGACGGUGUCUGGUUUUCCGGUGGCUGGUUCGGUCAACUUCCGACGGCGCUUCUGUGCAGAAAGAGCACACGACCGCGCGCUUCGUUACAAGACAUCUCAACUUUCCAGGUUGAUUCGUGAGUUCGGUAAAUAACGGCGAGGAAUUUAUCCCCAUAAUUCCAGUAUUCUGGAGUUUGGAUCUGAGGGCGAGGGCCAUGGCGCCAUUGCCGGCCGAACAGACCGGUGAAUCCGUCCAUGGGGACUCGCAGCGAUCUCUCCCGACGCCAUUCCUCACCAAAACUUAUCAACUUGUUGAUGAUCCUUCCUUCGACGACCUGAUCUCCUGGAACGAAGACGGAUCUACCUUCAUAGUCUGGCGGCCUGCUGAGUUUGCUCGGGAUUUGCUUCCCAAAUACUUCAAGCACAACAACUUCUCGAGCUUUGUUCGACAACUAAACACUUAUGGAUUUCGAAAGGUUGUUCCUGAUCGGUGGGAAUUCGCGAACGAAUGCUUCCGCAGAGGCGAGAAAGGGCUUCUCCGCGACAUACAGCGCCGGAAAAUAUCGCCGGCAACGGCCGUAGUUACUGCGACGACGGUGACUUUGGCUGCGGUUCCUGCGAACGUCGUGGCUCGGACAGUGUCGCCGACGAACUCAGGCGACGAACAAGUUAUAUCCUCAAACUCGUCGCCGGUGAACGCGCCUGCUACGGGGCUCCGCGCCACCAGCUGUACCACUACGCCGGAGCUUCUAGAGGAGAACGAACGACUCAGGAAGGAGAACUCGCAGCUGAGCCACGAACUGACGCAGCUGAGGAACCUCUGCAGCAGUAUAUACGCGCUGAUGACGAGCUACACCGCCGGCCAGCAGGAUUCCGGCGGAACGUCCGACGGCAGAGCUCUAGAUUUGAUGCCGGAAGGUUACCCAGCGGAGGCGGAGGGCGGCGAGGCCUCAGACGACGGUCAAAGAGGGAUGGCGGAGGGGGGAACGAGCCCCCGGCUGUUCGGGGUUUGCAUCGGUGUCAAGCGCGUGAGGAGGGGGGAGGACGAGGAGAUGGAGACGGAAGGGACGAAUCAGGUACAGGCGCAGCAGGAGCAGCAGGAUGGGGAGGUGAAAUCAGAGCCGUUGGAUGAGGCGUUGACCGUGGGUAGGUUCCGUGGGUCAAGUACGGGGAUGGAUCAGUCAUGAUUGGGAGGGGAGCGGAUGACUCGACGCUGAUUGCAAUGGGGUUGGGGUGGUAAAGGAAGCGGGGAAUCGUGCGCCAGAAUUUGGACACGUGUCGAUGGAAUUGAUAACCAUAAAGAAGGAAGCCACGUUCCGGUGUUUCCAGUUCCUUCCAAGGAAGGUGUUAUUUGUAGAGCCCACCUUUUUACUAGAAAAGGAAGGAAGGGGGUGGGUAAUAUUUUUAAUUAGAAAAAUAGAGGUUAGGUCGGCUGGCUUUGUGCAACGACUAGGAGGGUCAAACCCACAACUCGACUAGGACGUUAAUUACUCCAGACUUGUUUGUAUUAUUCUAAUUUAAUCUAUUUUAUUUUUAUUUUCCAA